AUCUUUUAGUUUAAUUUUUUGAGAUGGGAUCUGUGUAGCCCCAGCUAGUCUUGAGCUCCAGGGCUCAGGCAAUCAUCCUGCCUCAGCCUCCCCAGGGACUCAGGCAGCACCAGUCUAUCUCUUGUCCUUUUAACUGGACUGGGGGUUCCCUGAGGGUUUGGAUUGUAAUUCCAGUGACCUUCUGCCUAGGAUGGGUGCUGAGGGGUCUCUCUCUGGGUAGAGUGGGCCCUGGUCUCCCAGCAGGCAUUGGGCAAUGCCAGGCUUUUAUUAUUAUUAUUUUAGUUUUGGGGGGCUGGGGAUGGAACCCAGGGCCUUGUGCAUGGUAGGCAGCGCUCACCACUGAGCUGUACCCCAGCCCUCUGAGUAUGCCAGAGGCGUUAGCCUGCGGGCCCAGCGUGAGAAUACAGGCCGCGUCCCUUGGGGUGCUGUGGGGCGCCUCGUCAGAGAAGCUUGGGGUUGCCUUGCCGAGUAACUUACACGGAUUGCCGCUCUGAUUGGAGCCCUGGGGACAGUGCCGCUGGUGGGCUGGGACCUGCCUGGUCCCUCAGCCCGGCCUGGGGACACUCACAAGGACACUGUCUCCCCAGGGCCCAGACUGGCCGCUCUUGUCCCCCUGGGCCGCUCUGGGAGCCGGGCCAGUCCAGCCUGACCAAUGUCCACAGCCAGGGAGCAGCCAAUCUUCAGCACGCGGGCACACGUGUUCCAGAUCGACCCGGCCACCAAGAGGAACUGGGUCCCCGCAGGCAAGCACGCCCUGACUGUCUCCUACUUCUACGAUGCCACCCGCAACGUCUACCGAAUCAUCAGCAUCGGAGGGGCCAAGGCCAUCAUCAACAGCACCGUCACUCCCAACAUGACCUUCACCAAAACCUCCCAGAAGUUCGGGCAGUGGGCAGACAGUCGCGCCAACACCGUCUAUGGCCUUGGCUUCGCCUCCGAACAGCAUCUGACCCAGUUUGCUGAGAAGUUCCAGGAGGUCAAAGAGGCAGCGCGGUUGGCCCGGGAGAAAUCUCAGGAUGGAGGGGAGCUCACCAGCUCAGCUCUGGGGCUCGCGUCCCACCAGGUGCUCCCGAGCCCCCUGGUCAGCGCCAACGGCCCUGGCGAGGAGAAGCUGUUCCGCAGCCAGAGCGCCGACGCCCCGGGCCCCACCGAGCGCGAGCGGCUCAAGAAGAUGCUGUCUGAGGGCUCGGUGGGCGAGGUGCAGUGGGAGGCGGAGUUCUUCGCGCUGCAAGACAGCAACAAUAAGCUGGCGGACGCCCUGCGAGAGGCCAACGCCGCGGCCACCCAGUGGAGGCAGCAGGUGGAGGCCCAGCGUGUGGAGGCUGAGAGGCUGCGGCAGCGGGUGGCGGAGCUAGAGGCCCAGGUGGCUGCAGAGCCAGCCCCUGCUGCGGAGAAGGAGGCACCUGGCCAGCCCCUGGAGAAGCUGGAGGCGCUGGUGCGGACCAAGGACCAGGAGAUCCAGACGCUGAAGAAUCAAACCGGGGGUGCGCGGGAGGCCCCGGACGCUGCGGAGCGCGAGGAGACGGAGCAGAAGGUGCAGGACCUGGAGGCACGGAACUCAGAGCUGGAGCAACAGCUGCGGGCCGCGGAGCGCAGCCUGGAGGAGGCGCGGGCAGAGCGGGAGCGGGCGCGGGCUGAGGUGGGCCGGGCGGCGCAGCUGCUGGACGUGCGGCUCUUUGAGCUCAGCGAGCUUCGAGAAGGCCUGGCCCGGCUGGCCGAGGCCACAUCCUGAGCCGGUGCUGGUGCCCAGGCCCAAGGGGGCCCUCGGGGCUGGUUCUGCAGGAGUGCGCCUUGCUGGGCAUAUGUACCUGACUACAGGGACAGAGCCGGGCUAGUGACCCUGGUGGGGACCAGGGCCCCACCCAGCUGGCCCGGCGAUGCUCAGCCUGGUGGCUGCCUCAGCUUCACUGUGUAGACUCUAGGAUCCUGGGGCACGUGCUGUGCCCACAUUACAUGUCUUUAGCCCGGC